AGUGACCAGUUUUUGGAGGAGCAAUAUCAUUAUAUCAAUGGAUAAAAGAUUACAAGAGACUAAGAAGCUUAGCAUUAGCCACUUUAGCCAUGAUCACCCACUGACAAACACAAAUUCCCCACCCAAAGAAAACUAUUUCUGCUCAGCUUGCAAGCUAAAGAUUACAUCAUCAGUUACUGCAGAAUAUUACACUUGCAAAACAUGCUCGUUUUCCAUCCACCAAAUUUGCUACAAUAUGCCUAGAAAAACACAACACCCAGCUCAUCACAUACAUCGUUUGACUCUCCAAACUACCUCUCCUUCAACAUCUGAAGAAGGAACCUUGACAUGCAAGGCUUGUGGAAAUCGCAUCAAUGGUGGCUUCUACUACAGUUGUGCCCAGUGUGGCGUUUGUCAUCACAUCCUCUGCUCAGCUCUGCCUCUCUCCAUUUCAGUCUCUUCUCACCUUCACGAACUCAAGCUCACAUUUUCAUCACCCUACGAUUUCAGCUGUGAUAUAUGUGCCAAACCAAGUUACAAAGGAUGGCUCUAUAGGUGUCAGCUCUGCGAGUUCGAUACUCAUCUGCUCUGCGCUGUCUCUAAUAGAAGAACAAAGUUUCUCAUGCAAAAUCGAAUUGUGCCAUUGCUCAACUCUUCAAAUGGGCAGAUCGCUACUAAUUCUUCCUCAGCAAAUUACAAUAGCGAAGUGGAAGAAGUAGUACACUUGGUAACACAAGGACUAAUUGAACAAAGUCCAGCUUCAAGUCCGGAUUUCAGUUUAAAUAGUCUUCAGGAAAACCUUACCAUAACAAGUACCGUUGGGGCAUUUACUCAAACAGAUUCAAAGCUGGGUCUCACUUCCUCAAAUCCAGGGAAACAAUUUCGGUACCAAAGUCCAUUAACUCCAGUUUCAGAGGAUUUGAGCACAACUCCAAGUACCCAAUUCAGUGAUGCAUGUUUUUCCAUAGAUUUAGCCAAGUCUUAUUCAGGUUGGCAAGCAAGGACUGAAGCUAGCAAUAGUAUUAACAUUCAGGUUGACCCUAAUGUUGAAGUCAAAAAUAAUAUUAUUAUUAAACAAGAGAAACGACUCAAUUAUGGUAUUGGGUCAUCAGAUCAUAUUCACUCCUCUAAUUUUGGACGAGAUGAGAGGCUCAAAGAAGCAUUUUUGGUUAGAAACGACACUCUUGCCAAGGAGGAGGCAAAUAUAGGACAAAAGAGUAAGAAUAAGAAGAUGACCAAAGCUACAUCAGAUACCGUAAGUCCAGAGAUACCAUAUAACAAUUUGUGUCUAUACAUAAAUAUGUAACUAUAUGUGUAAGCAUAACAUGAUUUUUCUGUGUGUAUAUAUAUGCAGAAGAGGUCCAGCGGCUCAAGUUGGCAGAAGCUCAUGUUAUGCUGCAAUAAUACAAGUUAAUCAAGAAAGAAGUAGAAAGUCUCAUUAAGAAUAAUGAAAAAACUUCAAAUCUGAAGGUCAUGGUGGAAGAGUGUAUUUAAAGAUGUCAAGUGUUAUCGAUUUUUUUUCAAAGAUACUAGUGUACAGAUCGAUUUUGAUGGUUAAAUUGCUCACGG